AUGUGUAUACUAUUGAAUUCAAAUGAGGAUUUACUAUUUUCUGGAACUAUGGAAGGUUGAUUUUAAUAAAAAAAUAUUCACAUACAUGUAUUGAUUAGAUAAACAUGAUAAUUAUGUUAUUGCAUUAAGUUUAAAUUAAUCAGAAACAUAAUUAGUAUCAUGUGCAAGUAGUGAUAAAUUAAUUAUUAUUUUGGAAAAAAGAGAAUAUGAUGAGUUUGAAUUCAAAUAUUUUGUUAAAUAAACAAUUUCAGACUUUGGAUUUAAGAUUAAGUUUAUUAAAGACAAUUAAUUUAUUGGAUAACUAGUGGUAAAGAAAUAGUUAAUCUCUUUAUAUUUGAAUUAAAAGAAGGAUAAUUUUAAGAAAAUUAAGAGAAUACAAUUAAAUAAUUAGAUAUUAAAUUAUUAUAGUUUUCCAUUAGUUUAUAAUAAGGAAAGGAAUUUAAUAGUAGUAAUAUAUAAAACUUAUUUUGAUAUCAUUCGAGAAAUGAAUUAAGGGAAGUUCAAAAUAGUUGAUUAAUUGAAUUGUGAAACUUUCAGAAUUUUUGGGAUUAUCGCAAAUAAUGGAUAAUAUUUAGUCUAUUGGGAUGAAAAAAAUGAGGGAUAUUCAACAUAAGAAUUAUUUAAUAAUUGA